AUGACUGAUGGUUAUGGAUAUUCAAGAAAUGCUCGGUUCAUUGAAGUUAGAAACUUACAAGUUCAUCAAGAAAUGGUACUACUUUCAUUAUUAAAUCAGUAUUUUAAUAUAACUCUAAGAAUACCACCAAAGAAGGCUUCUGUUUAUGGACAAAUAGCUAUAGUUGAGAUGAUAUGGAAUAAAGAAAUGAGAAUUGAUUUUAAUAAUAUAAUAAAACAACGAUGUCAAGAACGGGCUCAACAAGACAUUUUAAUUGGAGUUUCAGAAAAAACAGCUGAAAGAAGAAAACGUUCCAAUUCUAUUAGAGAAACAUUAAAUGUUUUAACAGAUAUGAUUAGAGAAUUAGGUUAUUUUGUCGAAACUAAAGAAUCAGGUGGUAAAAGAGGUACUAUAAAAAUGGAAUAUAUAACAAGGAUUUACUUAAAUCAUCACCUCCUUUAUGACGAACAAACAAUCAGAAAUUUAGGAUAUGUCUUAAACAAUAAAUUGAAUCAUACACAUACAAUAUUUGGUACGAUUGUAGUGUCUCAGAAUAAUACUAAAGUUAAUUCUAUCUUAUCUUUGUUUAAUUAA